AACAUAAUUCUAAAAACUAAAGUGAAAAAAACAUUGCCGAACACCCUCCUAGUCCUAGUUUCCAAUGUUUACCAAUAAUUUUUAUUUUUCACUAGACUAACCAAGAUAGUUUUUCUUCAUUUAUUUAUUUUGCUUUCUUAUAAUUUUUUUUCCUCCAUUCCAUACAGUAUUCAAUUUUAAUUUUAGCAACCCUAAAACUCAUUUCCCUUUCCCAUUUUACUCACAGCCGCGAUCCUCCUAUUAUCUCUCUCUCGUUCCCCCGAUCCGAUCACUCGCUCAAGCUCCGAUUCCGACUGUCUUCCUCAGGCCCUCCGCCCCCGGCUCCGACCGCCUCCUUUAAUUCCCCCGGCCGUACGAAUCCCACAGUUCCCUUACCCCAUCCCUGUUCUCUCGGCCUCCAAGUCUAACUCACAGGCACGAACAAACAACCACUCACGGUCAUACCCACACACCGUAGACUACGAUCUCUACCCUCCCUUUGUCAAACUCUCUCAGCUUCUAUGUGGUGAUUGAGGAAUCUAUAUUUGGACUCAAUUUUAUAGCUCACCAAUUAUGGGAGCUGAGAGAAAAUGGCUUUUGACCCUUUUCUCUGCUGCAUUUCUUUCACUCAUUAUAUUGUUGUUCUCUUCAAUUUCGGCCUUUAGCUUCUCGAAACCCUUUCCAUCGAUUGUUCAAGUCGGGUCUCACUAUCCGCCAGCAUUUGCUUACUAUAUAUGGGGUGGACGAGGCGACUGUGACCGGAUCUUCAGGCUAUUACUUGCAGUUUAUCACCCGCGUAAUCGGUACCUUUUGCAUCUGACGGUGGAGGUAUCGGAGGAAGAGAGACGGAGGCUGUCUGGGCUGGUUAAGUCGGUGGCGUCAAUUCGGGCCUUUGGAAAUGUGGAUGUAUUGGGGAAACCUGAACGGCUUACUUACAUGGGGUCUACGAAUAUCGCCACCACUUUGCGUGCAGCGGCUAUAUUGUUGAGGCUUGAUAGUGGUUGGAAUUGGUUUAUUACUUUAACUGCGAUGGAUUACCCGCUUCUCACACAGGAUGAUCUUUCUCAUGUCUUCUCAUCUGUCAGAAGAGAUCUCAAUUUCAUCGAUCACACUAGCGACCUUGGAUGGAAAGAGUUGCAAAGGUUUCAACCAAUUGUAGUUGAUCCAGCGAUCUACCUAGCUAGGAGGAGCCAAAUUUUUCAUGCUACAGAAAAACGAAAAACACCAGAUGCUUUUAAAGCAUUUACAGGUUCCCCAUGGGUCACCCUUAGUCGAUCAUUUCUCGAAUUUUGUAUACUUGGUUGGGAUAACUUGCCACGAACCAUGCUGAUGUAUUUUACCAAUGUAAUUUUGUCCCAAGAAGGCUAUUUCCAUUCCGUCAUAUGCAACUCUCCCGAGUUCAAGAACACUACAGUGAACAAUGAUUUGAGAUAUAUGAUCUGGGACAGUCCGCCUAGGAUGGAACCUCAUUUUCUCAAUGUUUCAGAUUUUGAUCAAAUGGUUCAAAGUGGAGCUGCUUUUGCAAGACAAUUCGCGAAAGAUGAUCCUGUGCUGAAUUUAAUUGAUGAAAAGAUUCUGAAGCGUGGUCUCAAUCGACCUUCCCCAGGUGCAUGGUGCUCUGGCCGGAGAAGUUGGUGGAUGGAUCCCUGCUCUCAAUGGGGUGAUGUCAAUAUUAUGAAGCCUGGCCCUCAAGCAAAAAAGUUCGAAGAGUCCAUCACUAACCUUCUUGAUGACUGGACCUCACAGUCAAAUCAAUGCAAAUGAAGAUGAUUGUUGUAGUCGACUAAGAUCUUCUAGGACUUGUUCAGAAGAAUGCAAUUGGUUUCCAAUUCAUUCUUUGGCCUCUGUAAGCUCAAAUUUUGUGGGAGUUCCUCAUGCCAGAGCUUAGUGAAUGUGUAUCACAGGGGUUGAAACGAAGGGGGCAUAUGGAGUUUUAUGAUUUUCGGCUGUAUGUAGAUGAGAGGGCAAGUAUUUCAUUGUUGAGCCAUCCCACGACCUCUGUGCUUCCAUUCCCAUUUCGUUGUAUGUUCUGCAUAACUUUGGAUUAUGUUAAUAGUGGUCGAAUGCUAGUGUAUUUAUUUAGAUAGUUCAUUCUUUGAUUUCUGAGGUUCUUAGUUAGAACUCUUUAACAAUUUCUUUCUAACUCUUUAAAUUCACUAUUUUAUUUACAAUUUUUUAUCAAGUUCAUUUUUACAAGUCAAGUCACUUUGAUUUUACAAA